GUAGAGGACCACGUUACGUUCCUUUUCACGUCCGUGCAGUAGACGGUAACAUCUUUCCAACUCUGGGAAAGCUCAUCUGAUGAAAAUGCCAGUACAGAUCACAAUGAACAAUGAAGAAAUCGAAAUGGAAGACAGUCUGGACACGACGGAGAAAAAUUCACUGAAAAAACAUAAAAAAGGAAAGACCAAGGAUGGAAAGAAGAUAAAUAAGAAGAAACUGGUUCAAGAUGAGUGCGAACCACCUACUCCCAAAAAGAAAAGGAAAGAGGAUGCAGCUAAAGGUGGCUUGAAGAAGAAGUCCAAAGAUAUCAGCUGCAAGUUGAGUAAUGGAACAUUUGUCAUGACAACCCCAUCUCAUUCUGGUGAAGAGGCAAACGGUGACUGUGACCACGAAAAUACAACCAAGAAAAAGGUGAAAGCUCAAGCUGUCGUCAUUGGACCAUUGACUGUACCUGCCAAUCAGGAGGCUGAGACCAAUGGGCUUUCUGGAAGGGCCCCUUCAGCCAAUUUGGGUGAUGAGUUCACUUCUGACAGUGACAAAGAAACUGAAGAAACUCUUGAACAAAAAGAGGGGGCUUUCUCUAACUUCCGAAUUUCUAAAGAAACCGUCAAACUCCUUCAAGCCCGAGGGGUUACAUACCUCUUUGAUAUCCAAGUGAAAACCUUCAACUCCGUUUAUGAUGGAAAAGAUGUCGUGGGUCAGGCAAGGACUGGCACAGGGAAAACCUUUUCAUUUGCAAUCCCCCUUGUUGAGAAGCUACACUCAGCCACAGAGGAGAGGAGGAGAGGCAGAGCUCCCAAGGUCUUAGUCCUUGCACCAACCAGAGAGCUAGCCAUUCAAGUCUCCAAGGAUUUCAAAGACAUCACCAAAAGGCUAUCGGUGGCCUGUUUCUAUGGAGGCAGCUCCUACAACCCCCAGGUGGACAGCAUUCGCAAUGGCAUAGAUAUCCUUGUGGGCACACCAGGGCGCAUAAAAGACCAUCUCCAGAACAACAAACUGAACCUGUCUCAGCUGAAGCAUGUGGUCCUGGAUGAAGUUGACCAGAUGUUAGACAUGGGAUUUGCUGAACAGGUUGAGGAGAUUCUAGCAUCUGCAUACAAAAAAGAUUCAGACAGCAAUCCUCAGACCCUGCUCUUCUCUGCCACUUGUCCCCACUGGGUGUAUGAAGUGGCCAAGAAAUACAUGCGGCCUCAGUAUGAGCAUGUCGACCUUAUUGGCAAGAAGACCAAAAAGACUGCCACCACAGUAGAACACUUGGCUAUCUCAUGUCACUGGUCCCAGAGGGCAGCAGUCAUCGGAGACGUGGUCCAGGUGUACAGUGGCAGCCAUGGUCGAACCAUUGUGUUUUGUGAGACCAAGAAGGAGGCCACAGAGUUGUCAAUGAAUGCCUCUAUAAAACAGAGUGCCCAGUCUUUGCAUGGAGACAUUCCUCAGAAGCAGAGGGAAAUGACACUGAAAGGAUUCCGGAAUGGGUCAUUUGAAGUCUUGGUAGCCACAAACGUAGCGGCUCGAGGGUUGGACAUUCCAGAAGUUGACUUGGUCAUACAGUGCUCUCCACCAAAGGAUGUAGAGUCUUAUAUCCACAGAUCAGGGCGAACAGGCAGGGCAGGCAGGACUGGAGUCUGCAUCUGUUUCUACCAACGGAAGGAGGAGGAACAGCUCCGAUAUGUGGAGAACAAAGCCGGAAUAACCUUUAAGCGGGUUGGUGUCCCAUCUGCCAAUGAGAUCAUCAAAUCCUCCAGUAAAGAUGCAGUCAAGUAUUUGGAUUCCGUGCCCACAGCUGCCAUUGAGUACUUCCGUGAAGCUGCACAGCAGCUGAUUGAGCAGCGUGGGGCAGUGGAGGCCCUGGCAGCUGCCCUGGCACACAUUUCGGGUGCUACUGCCAUUGAACAGCGCUCUCUCCUCAACUCUGAUGCAGGCUAUACGACCAUGCUGUUGAAGUGCUCACAGGAGAUGCACAGCAUCACUUAUGCUUGGAAGAGUCUAAAGGAGCAGCUGGGGGAGGACAUUGAUAACAAGAUCCAGAGGAUGACUUUCCUCAAGGGCAAGACAGGAGUUUGUUUUGAUGUUCCUGCAGCAAAAGUGAAGGACAUCCAGGAUGUGUGGCAGGAUGGACGGCGCUGGCAGCUAUCAGUUGCCACAGAGCUUCCAGAGCUGGAGGAGAGCAAGCGCGUCGGGGUUGAUCGGGGUCCUGCCAGAUUUGGCGGACGCCGUGGUGGAGGACGAGGAGGAGGCAGAGGUGACCGGUUCCACAACAGCAACAACAGAAGAAGGGGAGGAGGAGGUGGCCAGAAACGUACUUUCAGUCAGGCAUUUGAUUAUUAAAUCUGUUCUCUGGACUCUUAUUACUUGUUUUACAUUCCUGCUUCUUGGGGGUGAUGCUGGUUAACACACAGGUCAGGGGAACCAUGACUUUUUUCCUCUACAGGUAGCACUCUGCUAACAAUGUUACACCUAAACCUGUAUGAAAUGAUUUCUUUGCAAUAAUGCAUUUAUAUGGAAUCAUAUAUAAAGCUCAUUCACAGGAAUGGGAUGGAUUUCAUUAAAGGUGUU